AUGUGGAACGAGAUGAGCUCCCUCGCCAAGCGGGUCUAUGUCGAAAUUACGGCCUCGACCACCGCCGCUGAGCGAAAUGAGAUGAACCGCGACAAUUUCCGGAAUGCUGGGAAAUACGGAUAUGGGUUCGUCUACUUUGCCGUGGUGUUGCUGGUCUGCACAUCGGUCGUACGCUUCUAUAAUACUUGGGGCGAUAAAAUGCGGAUUGUGCUGCAUAGAGAGAACGGAUCGCCGGACCUCACAGACUCGAACAAUGCUUCGUCGCCUGACGAAUACGAACUCCCCAGUGCAGGCACUGAUGCUUCCAGCGCACAGUUCUUCCCAUCACCGAACUUGAAAUCAUCCGCCCCAACCUCUCAACCUCUGCGACGGGAAUCUUUCCUGCAGCGGCUGGUUCCUCUGAACAAGUCUAUCGCGCUCUUCCGAUGGGUGUUUUAUCGACCUAUACCCUCGUUCAGGAUCGGCAGUCUGGUAUUUGCCUUUCCGUCAGGCGCUGUGGUGGCAAUCAUAUUCGUCGCUUUGGUCUUUGUGGUGCUGUACUGUUUCGUGCCACAGCCAUUGUACUAUUGGUCGAUUGCACUAGGCUCACCACCGCUCGCGAUUCGGGCGGGUAUGCUGGCUGUCGCGAUGGUACCGUGGAUUGUCGCAUUGGCCACGAAAGCGAACCUGAUCACCAUGCUCACGGGACUGGGCCCCGAGCGAUUGAAUGGACUGCACCGAUGGUCAGCCUAUAUUUGCCUUUUCCUCUGCUUGGUGCACAUGAUUCCGUUUUACGUCACGCCAAUCUGGACCGAUGGGGCCAUGAUCAACUACCGUAACUUUUACAAUCUCCCGAUCUAUGUAUAUGGAACUGGCUGGGCAGCGAUGGUGCCGAUGCUGGUGCUGUGCAUCCAUUCGCUCCCUUUCCUCCGUCACCGCCUGUACGAACUCUUCAUCUAUAUCCAUAUCCCAGUGUCUUGGAUCUUCGUGGCCAUGCUGAUUUGGCAUACGAAGAACUAUCUCCAUUCGUGGGGUUACCUGUUCUCAACGGUGGCUAUUUGGGCGAUUACUUACUUUAUUCGCCUGUUCUACCUGAACUGGUCGAGCCCAUUCCGCACGGAGUCCUUCAUGAUCGGAGAGGAAUGUUCUGUGACUCUGCUCCCGCAGAACGCCAUCAAAGUGACUAUCCCCACGGAGAUGCGGUGGCGUCCUGGGCAAUACGUCUAUCUACGGAUGCCAAGGAUUGCACUAUUCGAGAGCCACCCAUUCACUAUCGCCUCCCUCUGUAGCGAUGAUUUACCAUCGGCAUAUGGUCAAGACUAUCGUGAUAUGACCUUGGUGUUCCGCCCAUUCAAAGGGUUCACCCGCAAAGUGCUCAACAAAGCUCUGGAGAUGGGCCCAUUCCAGACAUAUUCGGCCUAUGUCGAAGGGCCCUACGGAGGAAUGCAUCGUCAACUGGCCGCUUUUGAUGAUGUGGUUUUCUUUGCUGGGGGAAGUGGGAUUACUGCGAUUGCUAGUCAGCUUCUGGACUUGAUCAAGAAGAUCCGUGAUGGAAAGGCGGUCACAAAGUCUGUCAAGGUCAUCUGGAUUCUGAGAAACGCAGAGACCAUGGAAUGGUUCCAAGAGGAGCUUCGCAUCUGUCGGGAUAGUGCACCCGCCAAUAUCGUGAAUUGCCACUUCUUCCUCACUGGCCUCAACCAAGUUGAUCAAGCGGGACGGGAUGUGGUCCAGGAAAAGAUCUACGAUAUGCUGCAGGGAAUUGACAAGAGGAGCUCAGCCUAUAUUCAAGAAGUAGCUGCAGGCGAUGAAGAGAGAGAAAAGGAAUUGCGUCGGGAGAACGAGGACGGCAUUGCUCCUCUACCAAAUGCUUACGCUGCGAACUACUUUGCUACUAGCCGCCAUUAUCCUCAAACUUACGCUUUCCCGCAGCCGGGCAUGGUCCCCCAUGGAGCACCCAGGGCUCCUCAGAGUGUACCUUUUGACUUUGGCUUUGGCAACGGUCAACAACUACCUCAGCAGACGGCAAUCCCGAAGCAGACACCACGUUACGCAUCAUUCCAGCCGAUGACGCGGAGGGAUAAUUGGAAGACCGAUUACUUCCGCCCAGAUGUGCCUAAGAUGCUGAACGAGUUCUCUAAGGGAUUUGGGCGUCGCGCUUGCGUCUUUGUCUGUGGACCACCUAGUCUGCGUGUGGACGUGGCUAAUACCGUGGCGAAACUGCAAAUGCAAGUCUUGACGGACUCGUCCAAAGAUGAGAUCUAUCUACAUGCAGAGAACUACAACAUCUGA